CACAAAUCGGCCCAACUUUUAAAGAAAAGAAAAAACUUCACAGAAUAAUUGGACGUUGCAACUCCCUCCUUAUUGUCAUUAUGUCGGGAUUGCAACCACCACUACCUCCCCCUCCUGAUGAGAAGAUGUCUGACAGGGGAGACAUCUGCAGGCUAUGGGUUGGUAACCUGGACACGAGGAUUACAGAAUUCACCUUGCUGAAGCUCCUACAGAAGUACGGCUCCUUGGACAAGUUUGACUUCCUGUACCACAAGUCUGGGCCUGAUCAGGGUAAACCCCGGGGAUACUGCUUUGUCAGCUACCACUCACCAGAGGAGGCAAGUCGAGCAAUACAGGGAUUGAAUGGGAAGCUGGCGCUGUCCAAGAAACUGAUUGUACGCUGGGCCCAUGCUGAUAGAGCUCAGGAACAAGUGGUGAUGAAACAUGCCGAUGGAAAGUUACCUGUACAGUGUACAGCUGAGAGCAAAAGCUCGCUCAGGUGAGUACUUGGGCAGAACAUUUCAUAAACACUGUCAUUUGUUAGCCCGUUUUUUUUCAACAUAUCAUGUAAUCCUCAACCUUUUCGCAUAUGGAAGACUUUUAGUGCACCUUUUUAAUUUGAUUUGGGACACAAACACAAACCUUCCAUGUACAUGCAGUACAAAAUAUCAUCCAAACUUGUUAACCUUCCAUGUACAUGUAGUACAAAAUAUCGUCCAGACUUGUUUACCUUCCAUGUACAUGUAGUACAAAAUAUCGUCCAGACUUGUUUACCUUCCAUGUACAUGUAGUACAAAAUAUCAUCCAAACUUGUUAACCUUCCAUGUACAUGUAGCACAAAAUAUCGUCCAAACUUGUUUACCUUCCAUGUACAUGUAGUACAAAAUAUCGUCCAGACUUGUUUACCUUCCAUGUACAUGUAGUACAAAAUAUCGUCCAAACUUGUUUACCUUCCAUGUAGUACAAAAUAUUGUCCAAACUUGUUUACUUUCCAUGUACAUGUAGUACAAAAUAUCGUCCAAACUUGUUAACCUUCCAUGUACACAUAGUACAAAAUAUUGU